UAACAUUGUUUUGCAAAUAAUACAAAAUAAUAUUAUGAUACUCCAUUACGUUUUAUGAAAUAAUAUUUAAUUUAUAUGAGGAGGUUUGAUUAUUAUUAUUGAGAUUAAAGAUACGAAACACCGAUGCAUAAAAAGAUAACCAUGUGCGAUCUUAUAGAUUUAAAUAGUCCUGAUAAAAAGGGCUUGUUAACCUGUAGACUUGCAUCGCCUUUAAUACCAGUUCCUACAGACACAACGGGCAGUAAUUAUAAUAAUCGUAUCACCGAUACAAGUUCUCUAGUCAGUGGAAAACGCGAUAGUUUAGAGAACAAUCCUUUUGAUAUGGUGUUGCAUAAAACUACAGAAUACAUUCAAAAAAAGGAUGAUCCCUUUGAGGUGGCUUUAGAGAAGGCUCUUAGGAUAAAACGUAAAAAGGAUACUAAGCUGAGGACAUAUUCUGUUGAGUUUACUGAUGACUAUACAUUAAAACGAAGGAAAAGUUCUCAAAAUCUAAAAAUUAAUAAGACGUUGGAUGAAUCUUUAAUUAAUGAGGAAUUGAAUCAGAGAAAUGUAGCUGAUGACAAAAUACAGAAUGAAAAUGUAGCAGCUGAGUUGGAUAAAUUUGACACAUUGAGUGAUAAUUUGAAAUCUGUUGAUAUAUCUGUUAAACUCUCAUUCUCAGACGAUAAACACAAUGUACUACCUAGCAUAGAAGUACAAGACAUUAAUCUGUCGAUUUUAAAUCAGUCCAUAAUGAACGAUACGUUAUUUGAAGCAGAUAAAGAUGUAAGUAGUAGAAACCAAAAUAAAUUUUUGACAGGUUUGGAGACAGGUAAAGAUAAUAUUGAGCAUAUUCCAACAAUCGCUACAUUAUUACAAGUGCCAAAUCUUCGGCGUUCUUUUUCGCAAGGAGAUAAUGUAUCGCCGAAAAAAACACAACAUUUAGAUCACAUAUCAAUGGUAGAAAAAUUACGAACUAAUUCUGAAAGUAGAUGUAGCGUAUCGUCUACACUCGAUAUUUUAAACGACGGUUUUCUGAAGAGCCGUUGUAGCGGAAGUUCUGUAUUUUCAAGUUUAUCAAAUAUUUCGUCGAUAACUAAAUUAAAUUCCAUUUCUUCCACAACUAAUUUGUCGAUGAUGUUAUCGAGUGACACGUUCAACAGAACAUUUUUAGAAAGCUGUUCGUCCGAAAAGUCGGAUAGUAGUACGAAAUUAAAUGAAAAAGCGAGUCCCAUUGAAGGAAUCAAUUCUGCGUCAUUGCCUUCAAAAAAUUUAGUAACAUCAGUAGCAAAUACCUCAACCAAAACUCGAUCUUCAAUGUCUGAUUUAACAGACCGAUUUAAUAAACUGAAAGCAAGAGCUUCGGAACUUCAUGUUUCUGAAAAUACUAUAAACGAGAAGAAUCAGACCACCUCCAGCUUUUCUAAUGAUAUUAAAGAAUGUGUGACUGUAAUGAAGGAAAAGGAAGAAUCUGAUACAGAUAACAGGUUAAUAGAUAUUGAUAUAUUUUCACCGCAAAUGAAUUAUGGUAAGGAUCAAUAUAAGAGUUCCAUUUCAGACACUUCAUCAGAUUCAGUAUUUCUUGAUGAAAGUAAAGUCAAUAAAUCAAUACUUCAUGAAGCAAAACUUCUUGCUAGAACUUUUGAGGAGUUGGCUUUGAGGACAAGUUCAGGAUCAAGCAUUGAUGACUUGAUUACUAACAAUCCAUUAUGGACGUCCGAGUUACUACCAGCGUUUGAUGAUGAGAUCGAUAAUUUAAUUGAAUUACCCAUAUCUCCUGAUACAAGUAACGCGAAUCCAAACAAUAAAAAAGUUAUGGAGCGUACAGAUAAUGUUCCACACAUAAACAGAAACAGGAAAUUUGUUGCCAACAUAUCAAAAGAAAAUAUAAAAGAUUUGGAAAUGGAACUGAUUGCACCAAUACCUACAGAAAAACGUGUCACGGCGGCAACACUUUUGUUGGAUCUGAAGAAGCUAAUUAAUACAGAAAUUGAUACCGAAGCAAAUAAGUUAUUGGAAAAUUUGGAAAAGGUUUUAGGUAUUAAUUGGGAUAACAAUACUGAGUUAUUAACUACUUAUCUUAACGUCACUAAUAAUUUAGCAAAAAGUCCGCAAAAAUCUAAUAGUAAUUUAGAAAUAAAAAAUGUAGCAGAAAAUAAUAUGGAAUUUAGCCAAGAAAAUAAUGUAACAGACGAUUUGAUUGAAAAUAUUGAAGAAUCAGCGCAUGGUACAAAUAUGAAUAUUAAUGAUUCAAACUUGGGUAAAUGUUCUACUAAUAAUCAGAAAUGUUUGAAAGAAAUAAAUAGGGAAUCAAAGGAGAUGGAUGAAGAAUUAAAAAUUCGUAAUGGAAGAACAGGGAACGAAAACAAAGGAAGAGAUUUUAAUGUUCAAACUACGUGCAACGUAAAUACUUCGUGCACAACAGAAAGUAAUGAUUCUGUAAAUGAAAAAGUUGCAAUAGAACUUCUUACGAACUUAUCAAAAUUAUUAAGUGGCCAGACUGAAGAACAUUCAACAAUAAAUUUACUUAGAAAUUUAGGAAGAGUAUUGAAUUUUCAUUCUAAUAAUUGUAAUAUAAACGAAAAAGAAAAAACUAAUAAAAGCGAUGUAGAUAUCCAUCAGACUCCAAAGAAAGCCAAUUUGAAGUACGAAAAUAAAUCACAUUCCUCAGUUCUAUCAAAAUCCGUAAACAGAUACAGUUUGGAGUUGGAAUCAAAAAAACAGCCUGUCGCUAAACCUUUUAUGAGAAGGAGCAUAUCGGUAUCUCAAACUCCGCCAAUUAGGACUGCACCAAGCCCAUUAAUGUCCAAGGGAAAAAGUACAUCGCAACUUAGGGAAGUUACGAAACGUUUUUCUAGCGAUCCCGGCUUAGCUAGUACGACAGUGAACAAAAAAAGUAUUACGAAUAGUAAUAAAAAUGAUUUGCAAAAAGACAUAGGAACAAAAACAAUCCCAACAUUAGAUAUACAGAAAGAAAAGACUACAAUGAUAGGUACGGUUAAAAGUAAAUUGAAGAACAAAAUUGAUAUCAAUGCCAUAAACAAAAAAGGACCAAUGAAAGCUAUUCUUCCUGUAGGAAGUAUGCGAAAGAGGGAGUCUAUUAGUAGAAAAGUAAUUCCGUCCACUGAAACCAUAACGCCGCCUAAGGUACAUAAAAUAAUUAGUAGUACACCUAAUUCUACGGAUAAUAGAUGUCCAUUAAAGAAAUCUUCACGGCCCUCAAAACCAGUGGCUUCAUCCACUCCAGAUGCUGAGAAUUCUAAAGCACGCAAAGUACAGUCGCAAAAAAGUAAAAGUUCUAAGAAGCGCAACUUUGGAUGCGACAUUUCGCCAGUAACUACACGCGUCAACGAUAAUAACAGUAACGGAGUAAAUAAUAGUUCAAAACGAUUCAGUAAGUUGCUAUCUCCCAAGAAAACGCCUAAGCUCCGUCCAGUGGAUUCUAGCAUUCCAAGAUGUCGGACUCCUCCUGUCAAUAAAAGAUUAAAUUCGUCGUGCGACAUUAAUCAAUAUGAGCGAACGGCUGAAUCACCGCAACGUUCCUUGUACAAAAUGUCAAGUUCACAAAAUAAUUCGCCAAUUUCUUUGAAAAAGAAUGGUGGUAAAAUACAACAAAGUCCUCUAAGAGACAGUAAUAAAAUCAUGCAUAAAGUAAAACCAGUCAAUUUGAUCUCGAAACUCCGACGACAUAGUAUUGGAACUAAUGUAACGGAAAAAGAAAAUAACUAUAUGUAAUGUACGCACGAAAAAAAGAAUUAUGAUGAUGGUUGUG